UUAUUUGUUGUGUGAUGAAGGUUUGAAAUGCUUUCGUAACAACAAAGCUUUCUCUAUGAUUUAAACUAUUGCUAUUGUUUAUUUUAUAUUUAUAUUGUUUUGUAGUUAGUCGAAUAAAAACCGAAAAGGUCCCGCAUUUUAGUUUUCCUGUACGAGCUGAAGUGUGGCUUUACUUCCGGGCACGUGGUGCGAAGUGGGCGUGUCCGGGCUGCUGAUGUAAACACAGACUACGCCUCCCGUCGGAUGGAUCACAGUGUGCGGGAUUAAGCCGAAUAGCUGCCGCAGGUCGGGUACGCGACAUGGACUUCUACAUCAACCUGAAGGUGAACUUCAGGGGCAACUCCAAGAAUUUCCUCCUGUCGGGGUCUGAGACUAAGAGCUGGGAGUCGAUGGAGGCCAUGGUGAAGCGUUCCUUUGGCCUGUGCAGUCUGCAGCUGACCUACUUCGACGAGGAGAACGAGGAGGUGUCCAUUAACAGCCAAGUGGACUAUGAGGAGGCAUUGAAGAGUGCGGUGCGGCAGGGAAAUCGGCUCCACAUGAACGUGUACGAGACUCGGGGCCAGCCGGCACGGGGCCCUACCUCCAAGACCAGCGGCACAGAGCCCAAGAAGGGCUUCCGACCCCCACAGCACUGUCCCGCUCUGGCCCAGGUAGUCAGCCGCAGAGUCCAGGCUGCAGUGCCAGAACAGGGCAUGGUGAUGUUGAAAGAAAUGAAAGGGACCAAAGAAGAAGACAAGACUCCUCCAGCCUGGUUCACCUCCUACAUGGAGAAGUUUAAGGACCAGGUAGUCCGUGAGGCCGUGGAGAAGAUCUGCCGGGAGUUCUCUGGACAGUGCUGCAUUCACAAGCCCCUGGGUGGAGGAGGAGGAGGAGGAGGAGGAGGAGCAGCAGGAGGCGGGGGAGGUAGAGGGGAAGCAGGUGGAGGAACAGAGGUCCAACAGGUCCCAGAGGUGGCCUCCUCCACUCUGCCCGGAGCUCCAUCGCCCUCCACCCCUCCCUGCUCCUCCUGCCGGGGGCAGACCACAGGGGGAGGCUACCAGUGCAGUGUGUGUACUUCCUGCACGCUGUGCGAGCCCUGCAGUUUCUCUCAUGAUCCCAGUCACAACCUGGUGAGAGCCAGGACUCCUCUGUCCAUCCCAGAGCACGGAUCCCCCGCCCCAGACUACAGCAGGUUCUACCGGCGAGGGGACCGCAGUUUCCGAAAGGCGGAGAAGCAGCGGCUUAAAGCAGAGAAGCGUCUGCUAAAAGCUGAGGUCAAGGAGAUCCGAAAACAGCUGAGAAUGGAGAGGCGGGGCAUUCAGUGGAGCUCCUCCCACAGAGAUGGGAGCUCCUCCCCGGUCCUUCUGCAGCCUCGAGCCACCCAGCACAACAGCCCUGAGCGUCCAAAGCGUCCCUGUCCCCUGGUGGUUCCAGCCAUGACAGCAGCAUUUUUGGACGAGAACCUUCCUGAUGGAACCCGACUGCGUCCUGGGACCAAGUUCAUCAAGUACUGGAAGAUGAGGAACACUGGAACCAUCUGCUGGAGCAUGGACACUAAGCUGAAGUUCAUGUGGGGAAACCUGGCGGUAGGUUCUGGGGACCGUUGGAGAGAAGUUUCUGUUCCCUUCCUCCAGCCAGGACAGGUCGGCAUAGUGAGUGUGGCGCUGUGUGCUCCUGCUGUAGAGGGCUCGUACACCUCCCACUGGCGUCUGGCCCACGCUGGAGAGCAGUUUGGACCCCGGGUCUGGUGCAGCAUUAUGGUGGAUCCUCUGGCCCCAGCGCCCAUGAUGGCUGAUGGGAUACUAGUGUCUCCGUGUGUCACGCCGCAGGGUAAGAACCCAGCUGCAAAGGAUGGAAAGGCCUGUACUGCAAGGGAGCAGCCAUUGAUGUCGGUGGACCAAGAGGAGUACUACAUCCCCUCUGUGGACCUGCUCACUGCACAGGAUCUUCUUUCUUUUGAGCUGUUGGACAUCAACAUCGUCCAAGAGUUGGAGAGUGUCCCAAAUAACACCCCUGCUGACAUGACUCCGUGCAUGUCCCCUGUGCCUCAAGAUGGCCUCCUGCAGGACAAGGGCAGUCCCUCAUUGGCUCUCAUCCAGGAAGAAACUGAAGUCAACAAUAGCAUCAUGGAUGCUCCUCAUGGGACGGGACCUGCUGUAGAGGGGAGCGGAGUUCCAGCUCAGGAGGAAGGGGAGGAUGACAUCAGCGGGACUCAGUUUGUCUGUGAGACUGUGAUUCGUUCAAUGACCCUGGAGGAGUCCCCUGACCACGCCCCUCUGAGAGGGACCCUCCCAGGGCCAGUGUUGCGUCCAGCUGCUCAGGGAGGUUCCUCCUCUUCCUCCUCCUCCUGUGUGAAGAGUAAAACAAUAACAUCCAAAGAGAGCCCAGGCAGCAGGCCCAGCACCUCUAAGAGCCCCCAGAAUACUGCGUCUAUGCUGAAGGCCACCCCCCCGCCCCCACUAAAAGCCUCCCUGCCGGCUCCACUCCAUAAGGCCUCGUCCCUGGGACCCGGCCCCAGCUCGGCCCCGACCGCGCUCAUUGUGGGGCCGGAGCACACAACCACAGGUGAGGAGUCCCACAAGGAGAACAUCGGCGUGGCGAAGAGGCCACAGGAGGAGGAGGAGAAGAAGGGAACAGAGAAGAGAGAGGGGACUAGGAGUCGCUCCUCCUCAACCUCCUCGGAGGAUUACAUCAUCAUCCUCCCUGACUGCUUCGACACCAGUCGGCCCCUGGGGGAAUCCAUGUACAGCUCUGCUCUGUCCCAGCCUGGUGACAUCCCAGCCAAGACGGACACAGACUCAGAAACCCCUUCUCCCACAUCACGGGACAGUUCACCCCCAGAACGGGGGCCUGGUGAGGCUCUGGGGGCCAGCAGCGCCAACGACAUGCUGUGUACAUCUCAGACACUGGACGACGAGCCUCUGACCCCUGAAGUGGUGGCCCCGCCUCGAGCCAUCAUUACACCAAGUCCACACGACGGUGGAGAGACAGAUGUGGACCCUGCUCCUUCUGGGGAAGCAGCAGAGGGCUCUGAACUGUACCAAACUGAGAACGUAUCUGGUCCUGAACAAACUCAGACAGAUGAUGCUGAAGUAACUGAAAACACAGAGGAGAACAACCCUGAGGACCCCAGAUCUGCUGAAGUGGAGGAGCCAAGUCUUUCCCACAGCAGUCCCGCUCGGAACGUAACCUGUUUACUGUCGCUCCUCAGGCACCCAGGCCUCACCAGCGGCCUGGUGAAAGGAGCUCUGUCAGUAGCUGCGUCUGCCUACAAAGCUCUGUUCACUGGACAAGGUCCCACACAGCCUCCAGUGGACGCAUCCACUCAGGACACAAUGAUGGCCGCGCUGGUGGAAAUGGGAUUUGGAGACCGGCUGCUGAACCAGCGGCUGCUGAAGAAAUACAACUACAACCUGCUGGACGUUGUCAACAAGCUUGUUCAGAUGACUGACAAUGACUGGUACUCAACACACUACUGACGAGACAGAGACAAGGCAGCUGCUUUGGGAGCUAAGCCUAAAAGAGCUAUGUGUAGCAUUUAGCAUUUGUUAAAAUUGAGUCUGCUGCAGCCAAAGGGUGCAAAGGGUACUGCUCGAAUUCUUUCGAAACACAAGGCAAAGUCCUUUCAUGUGACACAGCUUGCUAAUGGGAAGCUGUACCUUCGAAAACAAGACCAUUCCACUUGCACCAUCUGUCGUACUGUAACACAGUUUACAAUGUAAGAUAGAGCCCUGGGGCUAGUAGACGUUAAUAGCCCCCAUCAUAAUAAUCACGUUGAAAUGCUACACAUAGCACAUUCCUACUUUGCCCUUCAGGCAGGGCCACAAAUACAAAGCAGAAAUAUAAUAUUGAGUAUACAGAUGUGCACCCAGAUCAACGCCUCUUAAUCCGAGCAUGUGUACACCUUCAUGUUCCACCCAACAGCUCAAAGCACUGGCAUACACCUGUAUACCUGUGUGUUUGUGUGAGCAUGUUAUGUUCCUUUGGUUCGGUUCAUCCUUAAAAGGAUCACUAGACAUUCCACAAGAUGUAGCUAAGCUAAGAGAGCUAGUCGCUGCUUUUCCUGGAAUGAUAAACUUCCAUAUCAAGUCAUGUUUCCGUUGUUUUCGUGUAACUAAAAGACAGGGUCCAAGCAGAACUCUAGGGGAUUAGCCCAGGUGGGUUUGGUUCAUUUAAACUAUAUUAAAAGAUCAGCCAAUUGGAUUCAGUCAGGUCCGGACUGAGAGAUAUGGGUUCCAAGCUUGAGGCUCAUUUUAAACAGGAAAAAACAUUUGGAAUGUGUAUUUGUGCACUUUGCCAAUCUAUUUCCCAGAGAUGUAACUGUAAAAUCCCCUUACCUGUGGCAUAUAUCUGGCUUAUGAUAUAAAAUGAAAUGUACAUUCAAUGACUAGCAGCCAGGCAUGUGAACAACAGUUCUUCUGUUGGUGUCACAUGACUGCGUUCAUAGAUUAUGAUCCUUGUGCUCGGGAAAGGGAUUACACGCGCUCUUUUCAGUUCAAAUAAAUACUAUAGCAUUAUUCAUAAUACUAUUCGUAUUAUUGUGUUCAUAUUCACUGCACUGUAUGCAUAAAGAAAUACAAUUCCCAUCAACCCUCCUGGGGUUUGGAUUACAGUCUUUACAGCCGUUCAGUCAAAACAGAAAAUUGUUCCUAAUUCUGACUAUUUGUUGUAAGCUGGUUCAGACAAAAAGCCCCUUGUGUGUUCCAUGAUGAUCCAAUAAAGUCUUUGAGGUAGAAAUCUCCCUUAUUUAUCUUCCAUUAGAGGGGCAAAGAGCAACUCAAACUGCGUUUGGCCCAGUUGGACGGGGUGGAUUCAAAUCCAAAUAGGAUGUUGAUGAGUUUGUAUCAUCUUGCCCUCCUGUCAUCUGUUUGUUACUUCUAGAAAGUGGUCCUGUGUGUGGGCACAUAGAUGUGUACUUCUUUUGGUUAGUGAACAUGAGCGUAUGUACAGUUAACAGACACACACUGAAAUAAAGGAAUGUUUUUUUCUUUAGUGUGAAGCAAUGAUUAUCAGUUGGCUUUAUUAGUUUCAGUAAGUUCUACGGUGCUUUUACUUUGAAUGCUGUGUAAUUAUCUUGUAUUUUUAGGCCUAUUGUUUGGGGCUGAAUUUCCACCCUUGUGUGUGUUUUUGUUCAUAUAAAAAUAAUAAAAUGAGUGGAUUUGAAGGGUUGAAAUGACUUAAUGAAACGGCACGUGUAAGCAAGUAAAAAUGUUAUUAAUACAGUGCUCCAAAAAAUGUUUAGUCCAGAUAUGCUAAUUACAUUUUAUCAUUAUUAUUUUAAGUAUUCUCCACGGAAUGGUUUGACACUGGGAAAUUAGCUCAUUCUCUUCCCUGUGAAAAUGGGAAGAGGGGACACUGAAUUACCACCAAAUGAUCUCAUCUAAAUAUGUCAUGUUGACAAGUGCAACAUGGAAAAUAUUAUGGUUCCCCAGUUUUUUUUGUAUAAAUCCACAGGAAAACCAUUACCAUGAUUUACUUAAUGUCCACAGUAUGUUAUCCAGAGAGCACACCCUGGGUCAAAAUCACUCAACUCACCCCAGUCCCUUUAAACGGCAUCAGGCGCUCGAGGCCUGCCCCUUCUGGUGUUUCACAUGGCACCUGAUAUUGGAAAGAAUAUGUAUGAUAAAAUGAAUGAUGAGUGACAAGUAAUGUUUUGAUCCUGUUUGGUUUGUGAAUGACUCACCCAUUGUAUGUUUGUCAAAUUAAAAGAUGAUUAAGCAAGUCA